AGGCGGGGACCGGGAGCCCGAGCCGGCGCCGCGGCUCCCGUCUGUCUCCCUCCGUCUCCCUCCGGCUCGCGCGGCGGAGGUCGCGCUCCGAUGCGGGUGCGCCGGGCGCGGGGAGGCGGCGGCGGCGGCGGCGGCGGCGGGGAGGGAGCUGCCCGCAUGAGACCCGCAGGCGCCUGCCAGCCGGACGCCCCGCGCGGAUGAAAGAUGUGUCAUGGAAUGAACCCGGGCCCUGGAGAUGGGUUUCUAGAGCAGCAGCGGCGGCAGCAGCAGCAGCAGCAGCCGCCGAAGCCUCAGUGCCCCCAGAGGCUCCUGGCCGUGAUCCUGUGGCUCCAGCUGGCCCUGUGCUUCGGCCCCGCGCAGCUCACAGGGGGGUUCGAUGGCCUGCAGGCGUGCGCCGACCCCGGGGUCCCCGAGCACGGCUUCCGGACCCCCCGCGGUGGGGUGUUCCCCGAAGGCUCCGUCUCCCGCUACCACUGCCAGGACGGCUUCAAGCUGAGGGGCUCCACCAAGAGGCUGUGCGUGAAGCACCUCAACGGGACCCUCGGCUGGGUCCCGAGCGACAGAUCCGUCUGCGUGCAAGAAGAUUGCCGUACCCCUUUCGUCGAAGACGCCGAGAUCCACAACAGGACCUACAGGCACGGGGACAAGCUGAACGUCACCUGCCACGACGGCUUCAAGCUUCGGUACCCUGACCUGUACAACCUGGCCUCCUUGUGUCGCGAUGACGGGACGUGGGACAACCUGCCCAUCUGCCAAGGCUGCCUGAGGCCGCUGGCCUCUUCCAACGGCUACGUGAACAUCUCCGAGUUCCAGACCGCCUUCCCCGUGGGCACGGUCAUCGCCUACCGCUGCUUCCCCGGCUUCAAGCUCGAGGGCUCGGCCUAUCUCGAGUGCUUGCACAACCUCAUCUGGUCGUCCAGCCCACCCCGGUGCCUUGCUCUGGAAGCCCAAGUCUGCCCGCUGCCCCCCGUGGUGAGCCACGGCGACUUCGUCUGCCACCCGCGGCCUUGCGAUCGCUACCCCCAUGGGACCGUGGUGGAGUUCUAUUGCGACCCCGGCUACAGCCUCACCAGCGACUACAAGUACAUCACCUGCCAGUACGGCGCCUGGUUCCCCGCCUACCAGGUCUUCUGCGUCCGCUCCGAGCAAACGUGGCCGGGCGCCCAUGAGACCCUCCUGACCACGUGGAAGAUCGUGGCGUUCACGGCCACCAGUGUGCUGCUGGUGCUGCUGCUCGUCAUCCUGGCCAGGAUGUUCCAGACCAAGUUCAAGGCCCGCUUCCCCGCCAGGGGCCCCCCCAGGAGCUCCAGCAGCGACCCGGACUUCGUGGUGGUGGACGGCGUGCCCGUGAUGCUGCCAUCCUAUGACGAGGCGGUGCGCGGCGGCCUGAGUGCCUUAGGCCCCGGGGUCCUGGCCCCCGGGGGCCGGGGCUGCCCGCUGCCCGUGGACGACCAGAGCCCCCCGGCCUACCCAGGCCCCGCGGACACGGACACGGGCCCCGGGGCGUCCGACACCCUCGACGGCGGCGGCAUCGUCUCCGGCUCUUCUGAGCGGCUCCCGAGCCUGUACCCGUCCCCCCCGGGCCAGGGGGGCGCCCGCCCCACUUCCGACACCCCUGACACGGCAGCCGGCACCACGGCGGGGGAGGUGGCCUCCUCCAGCCCGGGCAUCGACAUCGCAGACGAGAUCCCGCUCAUGGCAGAGGACCCGUAGCCCGGAAGGCGAUCCCGUCCCCCCUCCAUCCGUGCUUCUGCCGCCCCGCUGGGAACGGAACCGGGUCCCGGAGGAGGGAGGCCGCAGAAGGACCGGGCGAGGGGGUGGCGCCGUGUCCUGAUCCGUCUGCACGGAGACAACCACGUUGUUUGUCACGGACUCGGCAGUGGGUGUGGGACACGGACACAGGCGGUGGCUGACCUUCCACCUGGGGGGGCCUGCGGGUCUGACGGACCACGGGGAGACCACGGGACGAGGGCCCCCCCGCUUGUGGGCCGCGUGCUGGGCAUCAGGACACGGUCCAUGCACGGGCCACCAGAUUCCGUGUCCCACGAACAUACAUCACGUGUGCCAGCUGCGCCCGCCGACAGCAUGUCACCCUGCGUGAAUCCGCUCCCACCUCUGCCUCCGACUGUCCCCGGGUUCCCCCAGGGGCUGGGUGGGAAGUCCCGGUCUCCUGGUCCGGCUGCAGGCAGAGCAGCAGCAGCAGCAGCACGCCCCCUGGAGGUGUCCAUCAACAAGGUUCCCCGGCGGCUCUGGGACCACCUUCCUGGAUCGGGCGGUUUCUGCUCAGCAAGACGGACACGGGACGUGGCAGACGCAGCGAGGGAGGGCGCGGGCAGGCUCUGCUUUCUGGAAGCUUCUUGGAAAAGGAGAGCCCGUGGCCUGCGUGCUGUCCUUGGGCGGAGUCGGGGAGGUGUGUGUGCUCACGGCAGAGUGCCUGGGUCCAUGGCAGGUGGGACACAUACAUCCUGUGACUCUGCAGAUACGUGGCCCCGUGGCUCCGUGGCUCCGUGGCUCCGUGGCGGCGUUCUGGAAAGAUUCCGUGGGCCCUGGAUCUGAGCCACGAGCCCUCUCGGGUCCACUGUCCUGAGGAGGGCCCUCGCCCCCCACCCCAAACUCAGCCAUACUUUAUUUUCCCGGACCAGAAAUCGUUUCUGUAAACACACAUCCCUCCUCCCAAUAAAAGAUGAGGUUGGAU